AUGUCGGGCAACAGAAACUAUUCCAACCCACGCUGGGAGUCUCAAAACACCUUCCGCACCAUCGUUUCCGCAGAAGAACAAGAGCGAGCCAGAAGACAUGGGCGUGAGGUGCCAUUCCUUGAAGGCAGACUCGAGAUGCUGAAUAGACAUCUGCUUGACACGAACCAUCAGCUCAGAGCUAAGCUUGAUGAAUUGGCUGCGUUGCAGAAUCGGUAUGAGGACCUAAACAGGGCUCAUAACAGUCUUAUCGCAUCGCACAGGAGGGUUGCGAGGAAGAAUGGGGAGUUGGUGCAGGAGAAUGACAUGUUAAGGGCUCUGCACAGGGGGGGUCGUCGUUGA